GGGCCUUCAGAGAUUAAAAGCCCAUUAGCGAAAAUUCAAACUUGUAGGGUGGUGUGUCUCUCUCUCUCUCUGACGCUGAGAGUCUUGUCAGAUCUGAGGAUAUGCGAAUCGUGUAAUCAAAAGGAUCGUAGUAGCCUCGCUGAGAUGGAAUUGGAAGAUGGUGAUUCACGAGGGAAGCACAGGAUCCUUGCUGAGCUUGGUCGCGUCGAACAAGAAGUCAUAUUCUUGGAGAAAGAGUUGGAAGAGCUUGGGCAGACUGAUAUUGUAUCAGCCGUGUGUGAGGAGCUGCUCUGUCUCAUCGAGAAAGCACCGGACCCUCUCUUGCCACUGACCAAUGGGCCUUUGAACUUGGGAUGGGACCGGUGGUUUGAAGGACCAGAUGGGGGAGAUGGCUGCAGAUGCUUUAUACUUUGAUCCAUGGGGUUACAUAAAUAUAGGCCGGGCCAGUUUUGGUGUUAAGACUAGUUUACAUGGGACCCAAAAUUUUAACAUGUGUGAUCGUACAGAGCUUUGGAUUGUGUAGAAUGGUUAAGUUGCAAGUAUGUAAGCUAAGCAGUGGAAUGUUGUAUGUAUGAGAUUCGAAUCUGGCAUCCGAGCAAUCAGAGUUUGAGCUUCUCA